AUGGCAGCGCAUCACAGGGAAUUCAUUGGAAGGGCACUGGGGGCCCGUAGAGCAGCAGCAGCAACAGCAGCAGCAGCAGCAGCAGCAGCAGCAAAGGCCUUUGCUGCUGCUGGUGCUGCUGCUGCUGCCGCCGUUGCUGCUGCUGCUGCUGAUACCUGCUGCGAGCUGCCCCUAAAAAUUUGCUUUUGGGGGCGAUAUACAAAUGCUGUGCAGCAGCAGCUGCUGCAGUGCGAGCAACAGCAGCAGCAGCAGCAGCAGCAGCAGCAACAGCAGCAGCAGCAGCAGCAGCAGCAGCAGCAACAGCAGCAGCAGCAGCAGCAGCAGCAGCAGAAUCUACUUCAGGCGACAGACUGUCUCUCUUUUCUCCUGCAUUUUGUUUUGUAA